AUGGGUCGAGGUGCUGAAACAGAUAUCGAUCUAAAGGCAAAAAUUAUUACUCAAGUGACCAUAGAUAAUGGUAAGUAUUUGAAUGCGGCAAAAAAGUUCGGUGUAACACCAAGUCGAGUUCGGUCCGUUUGGCGGGCGUAUCAAAAGACCGGCUCAAUAUUCCCAGCCGAACGGUCAGGAAGACCUUUAGAAAGGACAGCUCGAUCCGAUAGAGCUCUUAUCAAGCUUGCUAAGAAGAACAGAACGCUUUCAGCUAAUCAGCUAAGCAAGCUAUUCAUUCAAGAAAACAAAGGCAUAAAAGGGUAUGGCAGGAAGAAUGUUGAAGAAAUUUUACACGGAGCAGGCUUUAAAUUCACUGUAUGCUCAAAAAGCUUCGUUCAAGCUCUGCAAUCCAAGUGA